CAAGUCUUUUUCGCUUCGUUGGUUCCGGCAUGUGUAGAAAAAGAAACGAAACGAACGAAAAAAAAAAUAAACAAACGCACAGAGCCCUCAUCCAUGUAUACAUACUCUUCCAUUGAUUUAGCCCGUAAAACAGCACUAGCAACACACAGUCACACACAAGUGGAAGCACAACAACAAUUUGGCUUAGUUUCGGUACUGCCACGCUGUGAAAUGGUUUCAUACUUAUACUUCAGCCAGGCGUUUAUUUUUCAUGCACCGAAGAAAACCACCAAUUUGACGUUGGUUCGUUCAACCAUAAGCACACCAUACAUUGUGCACCGUGCUCGAGACAUCGAGCAGUCAUUCUGAAACAUUGGCAUCGACUAGACGCGUCUACCGAUUCCACCGCCAUUUCCCCAUACAUUCGGAGCGAAAGCAUUACACACUUGUUCCUGUUCGCGUAUUACAGUUGAAAUCGUGUGGAAUUCGAAUCCGUUUUUUUCGUUUCGACUUAAUGGGUCACCCAAGUUUAGAAGUAGCAAAGUGCUUAAUUAUAAUAUAUUGCGAGUGAGAGUCCUUUAACAGGAUGCAAAAAUGCAAAUGCAACCAGAACAUUCAACGAUUUUUGAAGUAGAAACAAAUCUUUCGAAAUCAAUCUGAGUUAUGGAGUCAGCGGCACGGAAAUUAUUGUGAACAAGAUAAAACAACAAGAAAAAGAAAAAGAAAAGGAACGAAAAAAGAAACCGAGUGAAAAACUUGAUCGUUAAAUUGAUCAGACAGUUUUAAAGUGAAUAUGUGUAUAUGUAUGCGAGUGUGUGACAACGAUUUAUUGCUGCUAAAUUGAAUGCUGCACCCAUUGAGAAUAUUCUCGAAGCCCAAGAAUAGAAAAGAAAAAUCACUUAAUUACUAUUCUUAAACGGCAAAUCGAAACAGUUUAAAUUGAUUUCUGACAAAAACCGAAUUUGAGUGAUCGAUAUAUUUUUUUUGUGUUUGAAUUUCCAUCGGGAAUUGGUUUCGAAGUUAAACACGUUGACAUCAAACCAUUUUUUUUAUUCUACAUAGCGGAACUAUAAGACAGUGCUAUCUUGCGACAAAAGAAGAAGCAAAAAAAAACCUAUUAACAAAGCGCCAUAUCAAAAGAGAAACCGAAAGAAAAGACGGUAGAAGAAAAGAAAAAACAAAACGGCCAAAAUCACUGUGAAAUCGAUACGAAGCACUUUUUCUUAAGUUGGUUAGUUUGGUGAAUGGGUGCGUGAAUGAGAAUUUGCGAUUGAAAACAGAAGGGAAAAAGAAACAAACCGUUUUUCGCAUCGAGAGUUGAAGAAAAUUUCAGAAGAAACAAGCCGCUGCAGUUUAUUAAAACUCCAAUUAUGACGACGAAGCGGACGAAUAAUUGAAACCAGAGACAAACCGAGACGCCAGCAAGAGAAAAUAGCGUGUGUGACAUAUCGCUAAUGACCAGAACAUGUACGAAAAUGAGCGUGAAUUACUGGCUAAUAAUUGGAUUUAUUUCAAUACAAUGCUGCGUUGGUCAAUCGGUAAUCGAUUCCAGAUGCUAUUUAGAUGGUGGUGGAUCAGCUGAAAGUUUAACGGCAAGCGAAGAUUUAUACGUUGGCUCUGUGAUUGGAGCGUUAACAAUAAAUGGAAAUCCCCGAUUAGAUAAUCUUGGUAAUAUUUCGUUGAGCAUAAGAGAACGCGAUGCGCCGGUAUCUAUAGCACCGGGUACAAAGAAUUUAGUAUUGAAUAUUGCAUUGGAUCGCGAAGGUAAAACGGGGCCCUCAUCUGUUUACGUAAAUGUCAUUUGUGUACGACGACACACAACCGACCCGAGUUUUGUCAUUCCCGUUAAUGUAAAAGUCGUCGAUGUUAACGAUAAUUCACCGCAAUGGAUCGGUGCACCGUACAUACUCUCAAUAUCUGAAGUCACAGUGCCGGGGACAAGAAUUUUGCAAGGUGCUCGUGCAGUUGACGAGGAUGAGAGCGGACCGUAUUCGACGGUUGAAUAUCGUGUGUUAGACGGCCCAUAUUCGGAUUAUGUAACAUUUGUGACGCCGCUUGAAGGCACGUUGGUUUUACGCAAACCACUCGAUUAUGAAACAGUCAGAAAUUUUACGCUAACAUUGCGUGCACAAGAUCAAGGAAACCCACCACGAUACUCUGACACCACGCUCGACGUAAUAAUCAUCGAUGCCGACGAUCAAAAUCCGAAAUUCACUCGCGAUUCAUAUUGGGCCGAUAUGCCAGUUGAUGGACGCGUCGGUGAGAUAAAAGUUCAACCCGAACCAAUAAAGGCCGUCGACCAAGAUGAGGGCAUUUUAGCACCGAUUCGCUAUUCCAUCAUGAAUUCACCGGAAUCGAGAUUCUUUGAGAUUAACGCACGCAGCGGUGCGAUUACGUUGAAAGUUCCACUUGGCCAAAUGGAUCUCGUGCACAGCAUUACACUGGUGAUUCGCGCAACGCAAGUGGAUAACAAUGAUCGUUAUGCGUUGACAACGUUGAUUAUAUCACGCAAAGAUUCGGAGCGAAAUCGGCAGUAUGACGGAUUUGCGUUUGUUCAGUCGAAGUUUUAUGCUCGCGUGAAUGAGGAUAUUGGAAUUGGAAGUCGUCUGAUGGCAUUGCCAACCAAUCGUCCAGGACGGGCAAUUCAAUAUUUCAUCUUGGGAUAUGAAGCUUCGAAAACAUUUCGCAUUGGUCCGUUGGGUGAAGUAGUUUUGCAGAAACCGUUGGAUUAUGAAAAUCAAACGAAGCACAUCUUUCAAGUCGUUGGCUCGGAUGGCAUUUCAAAUGCAACGGCCGAAGUAGUCAUCGAGGUUUUGGAUGUGAACGAUUGGGAGCCACGGUUUCGUGAAACCACCUACGAUUUCUCCAUUCCAAAGUCAGUCGAUGUGACACGACCCUUUCCGCUCGGCAAAUUAGAGGCAGCCGAUGGUGAUCGAUUUGAUAAGAUAAACUUGGAUUUGAAGGGCUCUUACGCUGAUUACUUUCAAAUCGAUCCGGACGGUAUGCUUUGGUUGAAACCAAACGUCCCAAACAUUAGUGUCAUGCAUUUAAUGGUGACUGCAACGGACACAGGACUUCCGGCCAAAAGUAGCACGGUACCGAUAACAAUCACAAACGAUAGCAUUGAAUUGGCGCAAAGUAGUUGGGCACCGAGCAUUUUGGGCGCAUUUGGUGCGGUGUUCACUUUAUUUCUAUUGAUUAUCCUUGCAAUGUGCACGUACAUUUACAAGCAGAAAGAGCCGAAAAUUAUCGGCGGUCGAAAUCGUGUGCAUAGUCAAGACCAUAGUGCAACAUCGGCAUCGAAAUUGGUCGUUGGUAAUCACCAUGGUGACAACAUUCCGACGGUAAACGGAAGCAGUGACAUACAUGCAAUCAAAAAUCCAAAUCUACGUUUGGCCAACCCACUCACAUCCCUAUCAACGCUGAAUAACAAUAAUCAUUUGAAUGGGUCGGGCAGUAGUCUAAGUGCUGGCGCUUCAACCAUAUUGGCCGCCACAUUGGAGCGUGAAGCACAACGUGAUAGGGACAUGGAGAAUUAUACAGCCACUGUGCGGAGUAUAAUAUCGAGAGCGUCAGCCGCUCGCGGAGGUAAUUUAUAUGACGAUGAUCUUGAGCAUGAUUCAAUUUCAAAUUCCGAAACAAAUCGUCAUGCAUGGAAUCUGCCAGAGGACACACGCGCCAUGCACACACCGAACAAAUUGAGUUGGAGCAACGGUGGAUUGAAUCCAUUGCGAAAGACUGACAUUAUGGAAUCCAGUGAGAUAAUCGAUUCAACGGAAAAUGCCGUAUACUUUUAAGACGACCAGUUUUAUAUAUACAUAUCUUAACUAAGAAGUGACGUUAUCUUUUGUAAAUUGUGCAGUUAUAGCUUAUGACAUCUAGGUGUAGUAAUGAAUUUUUGUUAAGAUGGCUUGAUAAUUCUUUUUUUUAUUGAUACCAAAAAGUAAUCGAUAGUUAAACCGGAACCGGUCUCAUCAAUUUACUAAAAUAUAAACCAAACAAUUUUCGUUGUACGAUUUUCGAAUCGAUGCCUUCCUAAAAUCGUUUUUUUUUUAUUUCGGUGUUUUAGCUUGAACCGACGAAAAACUCCAACACAUAAUAGCAACACAAACUUUACAAUCCAUAAUAAUUCAUUCAAAAAAAUCACUUCAUUAUGAUUGUUAAUUAAGUUUUGAUAAUUAAUAAAGCGUUAAGAGAGAAA